ACUUCCAAACAAGUGGACAACGUUGGUGUCACAAUGACGCAUCAAUCUACGAAAUCAUGACCAAAUCCAAGCUUCAUAUAGUUUUAUAUUGUGCCGGCAACUUAAGCAUGUUGCAAAUAACCGUUUCUUCCACUCUUAGUUAACUCUACUACAACUACAAUUGCACGCAACACAUGUACGAUCACUUAUUCAAGGUCAACCAUAAUAUUUUUUUAAUUCGCCCCUAUUUUUGUUUUUUCUGAUUAGAUGAUUUGUAAUCAUGAGUCACCCUUUUCAUGUACCUCACACGGUCCUUAAUAUAUGUAUUGACAUGAUAUCAUAUGCUCUUGUGACUUGUUACUUGUUAGUGUCUGAAUUGAGAUGGAGAAACUGUUUCGGAUUAAAACCAAUUUCCUAAAGUUUUUGUCGAAACAACCAGUGGAUUUAGUUGUAGCGUUUCAGAAUCCAACGUUGAGUCCUUGUCGAUCACCGGCACAUUUGGUUUCGAUAAUUCCGAAGGAAGCGCGAAGGAAGCACAGGGGCGAAAGCUUUAGCGCCAGAGAGCCCACAUCGCCCAAAGUGUCUUGCAUGGGUCAGGUUCAGGGAAAGAAGAAGAGGAAGGCCCGGAAGCAGAAAAGGGCCCAGGUCCAGGCCCAGUCCCAGGCCCAGAAGAGUGAGUGUGUAGGUGAAAAGAAUAAGAUUCUGCUUUGGAUUCAUAAGGAGGGGCGAAAGCAUAAUGAUAAGGUGUUGGAAGAGAAGGCAUCAGGCACAGUGGAAGCUCCCACCUUGAAUACGAUGAAGAAAUUUGCUAGUGGGAGAGGAUCACUGUCUGAUUUUCAUGUUACAAUUGCAGAAACAUGAAUGUUACAUACUUUUCACUGCCUGUGCUCAAGAAUAAUAAUGAAAUGUUUUUCCUUUUU